AUGGCCAUUGAAUUUCCAACUUACAAUGGCGUCGAGGUCGCGUCCUUACCGCCUCCCGGAUAUGAGGUCGAUUUCGACAACCGCAAGCAGCAAAAAUGGCUGGAGCACAUUCUGAUUUUCUGCUUUAUGGCCCCGAUAGCCCUAAUGGCGCUGCUCCAGCGAUUUUAUACGAAGAUAUUUCUCUCCAAAGGUUUACAAAUUGACGACUUUUUUAUGUUAUUGGGCUGGUUGACAGCAAUCCUAACCCAAGUCCUGAUGUUAACCUCGAUAUCCAAACGAUUAUUCUGCUCCCAUUCGUUCGAGAUGCCGUUGGCUGAUUACGAAAGCUACGCCUUGUACAGUUAUGUGACGGCACCGAUUUAUAUGAUGUGUAAUGGUUUCACGAAAUUAUCUCUUCUGCUGUUCUAUCUGCAGAUAUCGCCACAGACAUGGUUCCGCCGUGCUGUCUGGGUGAGCAUCGCCGUCGUGAGCCUAUCGUCGCUCAUCAUAGUGUGCUUCAUGUACUUCGGGUGCAGCCCGCCGCAAAAAGCGUUUCGACUCAAAACAGAAGGACAUUGCGUCAACGCGGGCAUCUUUUAUAUAGCCACUGCCGUUUCCAAUAUCGUCACCGACGUCAUUCUAUUCGUCCUCCCUAUUCCGAUGGUCUACGCCUUGCGCAUGCCCCGCAUUCAGAAAUUCGGAGCUAUGAUGGUCUUUGGUAUCGGAUCAAUAACGAUUGGCACAUCUGUAGUGCGUCUGGCCCUUCUCCCCGUCGUCCUUAAAAGCCCGGAUCCGUCAUGGGAUGGUUGUCCCGCCGAUGUAUGGACAUUCGUGGAGGCCAAUCUCUUCAUUAUCUGUGGCUCGAUGCCAACCCUCCGAAAGUUCUUCAAGCACUUGAUGCCCCGCCUAAUGGGCUCAUCAGGCCAGUCCUCGGGUUAUAGAAACCCAGCCAGCCCCGGCCCUUCAAAUACGUUGCAGAGCGGCGGAAACGUGAUCAGUCGCCUUCGACAUAAGCGCAAGUCGUACGCACAGUUCGCUUCAGACGGGGAGGAGAACGAGCUGCAGGACUUCCGCGGCGGGGACACGACGAAGAAACAGAGGAGUGUAACCGUUACAACGGCGGAUCAAUCGCAGGUCCCAGGGGAUAAUCAUAGCGAUGAGGGGGCAAUCCUACAGACAAAAAGUUUUACAUUACAGUAUAAUUAG